UUUUCGAUUAACUUGGUGGUGAAUAUUAUCAGGUCCGAAGAUAACGCAAAAUGGCUUCAUCAUAACCACAGAACCGGACGGGAUUGGCAAAUAUGGGGAUGACACUUGCGGGGUUCCUUCUGCCGCUACUACUUGUUCUACCCGUAAAAGGAGUAGACUUAAGAAAUGGCACGCUACCCGAAGAUGCGCGCGAAGCAAGGGCAAGCAAGCGAGUUGUGAGGUUAUACUCAGGUACCAGGCCGAAACCGAUCGUGUGUGAACAUGAAGGCUUCCAAGCAGACCCUGCAGACUGCACCAUCUUCCAUCGCUGCAUGAAAAAUGGAAACGGGAGAUAUGUGUCGUUUAAGUUCCAAUGUGGCCCAGGAACCAUAUACGAUCCAGAUACUGAAAUAUGUAAUCAUCCACAAAGCACAAAGCGGACCGAAUGCGGUGGCAGUUUACAUAUCCCAAGCGUUGAAUUUGCUUUCGAUAAUGAGAUAAAUCGAGAAGUUCCAUCGCCUAUAAGUACUAGACAUCCGGAAAGUACUGAAAAAGUUGUAGCCAUACAUCAUUUUUCUACACAAAAAACAACACGGCCUGAGACAUCGAGUUUUGCAUCGAAAUACCCGUGGGCAUUAACGACUCAUCUGUAUUCAAAUGCCGCUGUUUCUACAUUGGCCCCAUUUGUAAAUAAACAACAGCAAACAGAAUCUUCUAAAGCACCAUCGACAAAACGAGAAGUCCCAUCUAGUUAUUUUACAACGCCGUUUUCCCAGAAACUUUAUUCAACUACAGCCAAAAUAGAUUUUCAGUAUCCAGCGUCAAAUUUACAAUCUGGGGACCUUUGUACAGCUAAUGGCUUUAUGGGCGAUAGCGAGAACUGUCGCAAAUUUUACAGAUGUAUAAGUAACCAACGAGGUGGUUUCAUUAGAUAUGAGUUCUUGUGUAACGAUCCCACGAUUUGGGAUGAAGAUAAGAAAGCUUGUAACCAUGCUUGGGCUGUCACAAGAAGAAGAUGUGGCAGGGAAAGUUUUAUAGAUGAUAAAAGUGAGUCCAAAAAAACUGUAAUGAAAGUAACUCGGUCUGAACUCACCACCACUAGCAAAACCACCAGUUUACCAUCUCAAUCGCAGUUACAGAUAAAUUACGGUUCAAAGGUAACUCAAACACAAACUCAAAUAAGUAAUGGGUCUGUUGUACAAAAUCAAACCCAAAUUAACUAUGGAAAUGAUACAAACAUCAAAAAUGAUAAGCCUAGUAUUGUUCAAAAUCAAACACAAAUUAGUCACGGAAACGCAGUAAGUCAAUCACAGACUCAGAUUAAUUAUGGCGACGAAGCGGUACAAACACAGUUGCAAAUAGAUCAUUCAAAGGAAGCUAGUCAGGCCCAGAUGCAAAUUAGUCAAACUUCAAGUACUACAAAAACUACUCAAUACAGUGACCAUCAAAUGGUCUCAACUACAAGUUCCAAUAAUGGGUGCACUGAGAGUGGUUUCAUGGGAGACUCAAAAGACUGUAAGAAAUUUUACCGUUGUGUUGACAAUGGAAAAGGUGGAUUUACUCGAUAUGAGUUUUCUUGUGGAGAAGGGACUGUAUGGGAUCCAAAUCUUGAAGCUUGUAAUCAUGCGUGGGCUGUUAAAGAAUGUGGUGGAAAAGCACCAUCUGGAUCUACAACAAAAAGUACAACAAAAGUACCACAAAGUACGACUAAAGUUUCUGAAAUUCCAUCAACUUCGUCUACAACAACAUCUUCUACUACUUCAACAAGCACUCAAAAUUACUAUUCGACUACAGAGUCUGAAGAUGAUGAUAAUAAUGACAUUGGUUACGGAAACCAACCUGUAUCGCCUGCAACAGCUAAGCCUGCAGAACAAGUUACUACUGAAUAUAAAGAACCACAAAGUCCUAGCGAUAAUAAAUGUAAAUCAAGUGGAUUUAUGGGUGAUAAUAAAGAUUGCAAAAAGUUUUAUAGAUGCGUGGACAAUGGAAAUGGAGGAUACACUCGAUACGAAUUUUCUUGCGGAGAAGGUACAGUUUGGGACCAAACCAUUGAAGCAUGUAAUCAUGCAUGGGCUGUUAAAAAUUGUGGUGGAAAUGCUGAAUUCGAACAUCCCACGGAUAAGUCUACAACUACAACUAUAGUAUCUACAACAAGUACCCAAACAUCGCCACAAAAUGAUGAUUAUGACACGGGAUAUGGGCUACAGCCAUCACAUGAUCAGCCAUCUUCUACAAUUAAACCAACUACAAUAAAAUCAACUACCACAACACUUCAAUCAUUAUCUUCUGAGUCUAGUAUUGGAAAUAUUUGUACGUCAAGUGGUUUUAUGGGAGACAACAAAGACUGCAAAAAGUUUUACAGAUGUGUCGAAAAUGGAAACGGUGGGUAUACCAGAUACGAGUUCUCAUGUGGUGAAGGCACAGUUUGGGAUCCUAAAAUCCAAUCAUGUAACCAUGCUUGGGCGGUUGAAAAAUGUGGGGGUAACUCAGUGGAAGACGUAAAUAAAGUAGAAUCAACUACCCAAAAAGAGACACGUCCUACUUCUUCAACUUCAACCCAAUCCAAUGAACCAGAUGAUAAUAACGAUGUUGGAUAUGGACAACAAAGUCAAGAGCCACAACCUAGUACUAGUACAACAUAUCAUCCUGAAAAUCAGAGCCCAGGCACAAAUAAAUGUUCAACUAGUGGAUUCAUGGGAGACCCAAAUGAUUGUAAAAAGUUUUACAGGUGUGUUGAUAAUGGCGAUAGUACAUUUACGCGUUACGAAUUCUCUUGUGGUGAAGGCACAGUUUGGGACUCUAAAAUUGAUGCAUGUAAUCAUGCAUGGGCAGUCGAGAAAUGUGGAAGUACAAGUUCGUCUACUUCUUCUACAAGUAGCUCAACGACGCCAAUUAAUAACGAAGGAAAUUCUAAUAACUAUCCUGUACAAAGUGAUGAGUAUCCAAGCCAAACUACAACUUCGACGGUAACUUCUUUAUCAACAACCUCCUCAUUAAAUGUAGACAAUAAUUGCCAAAACAGUGGUUUCAUGGGUGAUACUCAAGAUUGUAAAAAGUUCUAUAGGUGUGUCGAAGAUGGUAAUGGAAAAUAUACUCGCUACGAAUUUGCUUGUGGUGAAGGAACUGUUUGGGAUCAAAGCAUAGAAGCUUGUAACCAUGCUUGGGCUGUAAGUAGACACUGUGCCGAUGAAGGGAAUAAUAAUCAAUCCGGUAAUGUGGAACUUACGACCCAACACUCUUCAAGUUCUGAAACAGAAAAAGAAGAUCAAAGUUACAAUAAGCCAACUACUCAAAAAACAUCCACUUCGACUAUCUAUUCUGAACCAUCAGGAUAUGAAUGUACUCAAGAAGGAUUUUACGGCGAUAAUAAUAACUGUAAAAAAUUCUAUAGGUGUGUUGAUAACGGACAAGGUGGUUUUAUUAAGUAUGAAUUUACAUGUGGCGAAGGUACAGUAUGGAACCAGGAUGUACAAACUUGUGACCAUGAGACUUCUGAUAGUAAAUGCAGUUCUCCAGCUCCCGGACCUACGACUACGAAGCCAAAUUAUGAACAGGACACUAUGUCACCAGAGUCUACAACAAAAGCGCUGGAAUCCUCAACAACACAUAGUGAAAAUACUUCACAAAAACCGCAAUCACCUAGCAAUAAAUGCGAAAAUGAAGGAUUUUACGGUGAUCCAAAUGAUUGCAAAAAGUUUUAUAGAUGUGUGGAUGACGGCAAAGGUGACUUUACAAAAUACGAGUUUACUUGUGGUGAUGGCACUAUCUGGGACCAAGAAAUUUUAGCAUGUAAUCAUGAAAGCAGUAAUAGCAAAUGUACGAGUAGUAACAUGAAUCUAGCAACUACAACUUCAGCUACAGAUACUGGCUCAGGCAGUUCAUCAUCAACACAAGAAAAUCAAACAACUCCCAAACCUGAAACGACUAGUAUUAGUUCAGGUAGCGAUAAAUGUGCAAUGGAGGGAUUCUUUGCUAAUACAAAUGAUUGCAAGAAGUUUUACAGAUGUGUAGAUAAUGGAAAGGGCGGUUUCACCAAAUAUGAUUUCACAUGUGGGGAAGGUACCGUCUGGGUCCAGGAAAUACAAGCUUGUGAUUACGAUAAUGAUAUAUCAAGUUGUACCAAUAAAGAUAGCUCUUCAAAUCCUCAGACUAUAGAAGAAAAGCCCGUACCUACAGAAUCUUCCCCAACAGGACAAGCAACUUCAGAUUCUCAACCUUUAGAUAAGGAAGACGAUGAGUAUCCAAGCGAAAGUUCUAGUAAACCGUCAAAUACAGAUGAAAAAUGUACAUCUGAAGGCUUUUUCGGAAACAAAAACGAUUGUACUCGAUUUUAUAGAUGUGUCGAUAAUGGUCAAGGUGGUUACACAAAAUAUGAUUUUACUUGUGGCGAAGGUACUGCGUGGGAUUCAAAUAUUCAGACUUGUAAUCAUAAAAGUGAAGUUGAUAGUUGUCAGAAAACCAACCAAGAAAGUUCAUCUGAAGCAAGCCAUGAUGAAGGAUCUUCACAAACUACAGGAAGUACAAGUACAGGUAAUGAACCCACUAGUUCGAAACCUCCAAGUAAAGAUAAAUGUGAACAAGAAGGCUUCUUUGGGAACUCCCAAGACUGUACUAAGUUCUAUAGAUGUGUUGAUAACGGUAAUGGCGGGUUAACAAAAUAUGACUUUACAUGUGGGGAAGGAACCAUAUGGGACCAAGAUCUUACAACAUGUAACCACCCACAAGACGUGGCUAAUCCAUCGUGUAAAAGUGAUGAAGAUAAUCAGUCAUCUUCAGAAAUGUCAUCGUCUACAGAGGGUUCAUCGUCAUCCUCAGCUUCAUCUUCAUCAACUGCGUCCCAAAGUUCUGAAGGAACAACUGAAAGUAGUAAUCAAGGAUCAUCUAAUUGUUCUCAAGAAUCUUCGUCUAAAAAACCUGAAAGUCAAAGUGUAAAGUGCGAGAAAGCAGGAUUCUUUGCAGAUCCAAAUGAUUGCAAAAAGUUUUAUAGAUGCGUUGAUUGGGAUGGUGAUGGAAAGCGAUUUUCAAUUUAUCAUUUUGACUGUGGAGAAGGUACAAUUUGGGAUCCACAACUAGAAACAUGCAACCACGAAGACUCAGUGUAUCCACCACGUGACUGUAGUGGAAGUCAAAGUGCAAACGCUUCACAAGAAACAACUUCAACUACAACACAGAAAUCCACAACAACUGAACAGAGUUCUACAACAGAAUCGACUACAACUCAAUCAUCUACCGAAGAAAGUACAACUCAACAAAUAUCUUCAAGUGAGCAAACUACUCAACAGACGACGACUGAACACACCACAACUCAAGAACCAAGCACAAGUGAAUCAGUUACCACUGAAAAAACUACUACAACAACAACACAAGAACCGACAACGACGACUACUACCCAACAAUCAUCUACUGAUGGAACAACUACUACCCAGCAAUCUACUGAUGGAACAACUACUACCCAGCAAUCUACUGAUGGAACAACUACUACCCAGCAAUCUACUGAUGGAACAACUACUACCCAGCAAUCUACUGAUGUAACAACUACGACACAGCAGACAACUGAUGUUACAACUACUACACAGCAAAACACAACAAGUGAAACUACGACUCAAGAAUCUUCAAGCACAGAUGAAACUACAACAGAAUCAAUGACAACAGAACAGCAGUCAACUACUACAGAAAAAUCUAGCGAGCAAAGUACUACCCAGCAGCAAACAACAACUGGACAAGAAACCACCACUACUGAAAGUACGACCACAGAAAGUAGUCAAGGCACGACAUCACAAGAAACAUCGGCUGAAAAAGACUGUCCCGAAACUGAGGAUGACCAGUAUUUGUAUGUUUGCCCAACCUCAUUCAGAAGGCACCCUAAAUACUGUAACAUGUUUUAUCAAUGCACAGAAGACAAUGAUAGUCAUGACGUGAAAAUAGCUAGUUUCAAAUGCCCAAAUAACACAAUUUAUGAUGAAAGCAAAUCACAAUGUGUAGAAGAAGAUAAGGCAGAUAAGAAAUGUAAUGGUCAAACAGCGCAGCGGCACAGAGUCAAACGAUUGAACUUAAAUUACAAAGAACCGAUCGAGGCCAGCCGCAGCAAGCACACUUGUUCUGGUGUGGGAUAUUAUCCAUACGAAGAAAAUGAAUGCUCUGGAAUAUUCCUUAAGUGCGAAUCAACGAAAGCGGGCAAAAUUAGAGGCUACGUGUACCGAUGCCCUGAAGGAUACACCUAUUGGUCCAUAAGCAAACGUUGCGAAAAGAGAAGCCAUAUGAAGGGCUGCAAGCAAUCGGAUAAAAGUUGGCGGGAACGAUGGGAAAUCCCUGUAGAGAAAAAGAAUAUAGCCAAGUGAUAUUGGGAUGUAUAUUUACUGACACAUACUAGUAAGCAUCAAUGUUUGCAAGUACUUGUAGUAUCGACUUUUAAGAACUCAUGUUGUACAUAUUAAUAAUAAGUUCUAAGUAAGUUAGAUAAUGUAGGAUUGUCAUAAUGGCAUGAGAUUAGAUCUUAAACACACCACAAUAUUUUGGUAUAAUUAAUAAUUAUGGAAUGAUAAAUAAUUAAACAGACCAAUAUUACCUAUUAGAUGAUUUACUAGUCUAGUCUAUUAAAAAUGUGUUGUUUAAGAUGAGUAACAAUGAUUAAGCUGCCAUAAUGUUAAGAUAAAAAAAUCUCAAACUUGUGAACAAAAUAUUGUACUAACUGAACAAUAUUUUGAGCACGACUGAAUUUUAGUAUUUAAAAUUAUACG